AUGGCUACAUUCGACGAGACAUUCAACCCCGCCGCUCUCACACGAUCAGAUACGAUCACGUCUACAACGACCACCACGAAGCCUCCUCCCGGGUCGGCGUCGAAACAACCGAAAGCGGCUCAAAGCUAUCCUCGGGUGGACUUGGAACCUUUGUAUACUGAACUCAAGUCCUUGAUCGGUCACAACUGGGAUACAUAUUUCGACGCUAUAACCAGGUUUAUACGAGGGGAACUGAACGCACGAGAAUUCGGCGACCUCUGCGAUGUCUUCAUCUAUGCGACUCCUCAGACCGAACAUGCGCACAACUCUUUAAUAUUAGCCAUACUAUGUAACACCGGCAGAGAUCCCCCUGAACCUGGACUGGCAGCAUGGGUCAGCGCAACGACAGACAAAUCCGCACUGACGUCCGGCACCAAAGCCACAGCCAUCAGCGAUGCGAGCGAACAGCGACUCAAGGCCGAAGUGAUGGCCCUACCCGCACGAGACCGACGACGCAUCAAAGGAGCAGCAAAUGAGAAGGCCGACGAAGAGGCGGCGGCUCGACGGAACCCAUAUGAAGAGCUGUACCUUGCCGGCAGAAUCAAGGCACCAGAGACUGCCCCAAGUGCAGCCGCAGGAGGACUGACCAAGACAAAUUGGGACUUGGAAAUCAGGAAAAGAUACGUGCAGCCACUCUUCUCAGAAACUCUUGAGUUUCCCGACACACCGACGAUACAUUCUCGGAUCGUUCCCAUUUGUUAUGAAGAGUCCGUCGCGCAAGGUUGCUCAAUACAAUGCGCUGAGCUGGUGGGGAUAGCCGCCGAGACAUAUCUCAAAACCCUACUGGCCGAAGUCGUGAAUCGAACACGGUCCAAUGGUCCAAGGUACGAGCACAGCGCAGGUGGAGGAAUCUUGACGAGCUCCUACAAGAAGAAAAUCGAUCGGGAGGAAGAGGAAGUCAAGGCUGGGAAGCUCAACCGGACUCGUGACGACGACCUAUUGCCGACUGAAGCGCAGGUUGCAUAUGCAAGACGCCCAAUCGGCAUAGCAGACCUGCAACUAACUACCCAGGUUGGCCCGGUGCCUUGGAAUGCGAUGCCUUGUAUUGGAUUUAGCGUGAGCAAUGCUUCAGCAGGAUAUGAUCAUGAUCAAUGGCUCAUGGAGCAAGAGGAAGAGGCCAACGCGGCGGCAGCAUCGACAACAGCGAAUGGGCACAUUGAUCCAGCCGAGGAUGGUAUGGAUGUUGACAACACCGACAACUAUGGCUGGGAAGGUGCUGGGCCUCAGGACAGAAGUGGUCUAGAUUCUGUUCUUGCUGACUGUCUGGCUAUUCGUGUGUAG